UGAUUGAUUAUGGUACAACGGUAUCAUAUUUAUCUGCUACAUAUGGCGUACCGCUGCAACUCUUCAUAGGAUUGUAAUACUUCGUUUCAUCAAACAGGAACUGCAAAUCUUCAAUCAUCACUACAUGACAUCCUCGAAAGUACGUUGCAAUCUCUCGCAGACAUAUAAAUUCCCUUCUAGUAGUACCAAAUUGAGAUAUCAACCUAAACACCUUACGCUGAAACAAAGGGAAAAUCCAACAUACCCUGCACUUCAUUUCAAGUUGAAGUCGGAGAACGAACCCGAAGGACACGGUUGGAAAAUUUGCAUUUACAGUGAUAAUAUAGAUGGAGCUACACAGGAUUAUGUAACGAAUAAACACCCUGAGAAUUUAUUUCUUACUAGCUCUUCCGACCGUGACGAGGAGUUAGAGGCGGGGAUGUCACUGCUCAAGCAAGUUCCCUCUUGGUAUUCAGCGAAUAUUUCAGUAAACCUUCUCGACAAGCUUAAGGCGGUUCGCUUAUGGCUAUUAGCCUCGGAGCACCGCAACUUUUCGCAAUUGAAGUUAUGCCACAGGAUUUACUUGCCUAGUGCGACGAACUUGACUCACUAUUUAGCCUUGCAACUCCUUAGUAUCGAGGAGCUGAAUGAAAACCUAUCUUCGGUAGGCCUCCUGUGCUUGAAAUCUUCGUGUUCGUGCAUUCUUCCAAGCAUCAAUUUCGGGAUUCAACAGCUCGAGAAUUUCAUCGAGAGCGACACAAACGUAGAAGAUGUGGAUCGGAGCGAUUGCUCAAUUAGCAUGAUGAGAAAGAGGGUCUCUUCUCAUGCAAUAAAACUAUUUGGGCCAGCUCAUGAAGAAAGGAACUUUAGUAUCAUGGUAACAGUUGGAAGAGAGUCGAUAUCGAAUGAGACACUCAUAUCCAAUCUCCUCAAAGCGGGAGCGAAUGUGUUUCGUAUAAAUUGCGCGCAUGAUGACCCAAAUGUUUGGAGCGAGAUCGUUCGAAAGGUGAAAGCCAAUUCUCAAAUGCUAGAGAAGCCAUGUAGAAUUCUCAUGGACUUGGCUGGUCCGAAGCCAAGGACUGAGCUGCUAAUGAGAGAAACAAAUGUGUUCAUGGCGCCGAAGAUCGAUACCAAAGGUGACAUGAUUCCCUCAGCUCAUUUUUGGAUUUGCUCAAUGGAAUGUAGCUCUCCUCCUCCUCCUCACUUCUCACCAGGUGCAGUUAUUUGUGUGGAUCGCAAGUUAAUCGACGGUCUUAAAGAGGGUGAUUUUGUAAGCAUUCUUGAUGGUAUUGAUAAAAAGAGUUCACUUAGGGUGGUUCUUAAGCGCUCUUUGGGUGCCGACGAUUACGGUUUCAUGGUCGAGUGUUCGAGAGCGACUUGCAUUGGAGUCGGUAGCAAACUAUAUUUCAAGAGGGGAAACAAGAAGCACUCUUUGGGGCAAGUAGUAAAGCUACUUAAAAUCGAGAAGUUCGUCAUUUUGAAAGUUGGCGACUCGCUAACUAUUUCUAGAUUUUGCUGCACAUCGGUGGACGAACCGAAUUGCGCCAUGUUCGAUUCGAACCUUGUGAGGAUAUCAUGCACGUCGGACCAACUUUUCGAUGGAGUGAACCCGGGUGAGCUGAUCGCAUUUGACGACGGGAGAAUAUGGGGCAAAAUUCGGAAAAAGAAAGCAAAUGAGAUCACUGUACUCAUCACUCAUGCUAGUCCAACUGGGUCCAAAUUGGGUUCGGGCAAGUCGAUAAACACGCCAAGAAGCGAGGUUAAGCUCAGGGGAGUAACUCCAAGGGAUCUUGUGGACCUUGAGUUUAUUGCUUCUCAUGCAGAUAUGGUUGGCAUUUCAUUCAUUCGCGAUGUCGAGGAUAUACAAAGCGUUCGACGUGCGCUCGACGAGAAGGGGGCAAAACCGGAGAUCGGAAUUGUACUGAAAAUAGAGACCAAGGAGGCUUAUGAAAGGCUGCCUAUCUUGUUGUUUGAGGCACUCAAGUACUCAAACCCUGUAGGGAUUAUGAUCGCGAGGGGAGAUCUAAUGAUUGAGUGUGGAUGGGAGCAGAUGGCCGAAGUGCAGGAAGGAAUAAUGUCUGUCUGCGCGGCUGCGCACGUGCCGGUCGUCUGGGCGACCCAAGUUCUGGAAACACUAGUCAAGUCAGGGCGCCCUACCAGAGCUGAGAUCACAGAUGCAGCUACUGGAAUGAGGUUAAGCUGUGUCAUGUUGAACAAAGGGGAUCAUAUAGCAGAAGCUGUUUGUGCAUUAAAUUCCAUGUUAAGCAACCGUUCAUCAGAGAAGAAGAUUGCAAUGACAAACCCUUUGAUUCCACCUAGUCGCCUCUGAUGCAGCAGUAGGAAUUUAUUCUCCAAACUCUAAAUAGUAUUACAUCUCUGAUCUUCGUACCUUUUAUAUUACUGUUUAAUCAUGCAUUUUGUUGUAUUACACCUUGAUUAAUGGAGAAAACAAUAAUAACUUUU